AUGGCCGACUUCCUCAACAACGGCCAACUCGGCCAACUCCCCAUCGAACAAUGGUUCUUCGAGACCCCUCCCUGCACCCGCUACUGGACCACCGCCACCGUCAUAACCUCCAUCCUCGUCCAGUGCAAGUUCAUCAACCCCUUCCAGCUCUUCUACACCUUCAGAGCCGUGUACUACAAGUCACAGUACUGGCGUCUCCUCACCACCUUCGUCUACCUCGGCCCUCCCUCGCUCGACCUCGUCUUCCACGUCUUCUUCAUGACCCGCUACUCGCGCCUACUCGAAUCCUCCUCUUCCUCCACCGCCACCUUCUCCUGGCUGCUGCUUUACGCUACCACAGCCCUCCUUCUCCUCACAUCCCUGCCCUGGAUCUCCUACUUCCAGAUCGGCUUCUUGGGCACCAGUCUGUCCUCCACACUGGUCUAUAUCUGGUCACGUCGUAAUCCGGAAACACGGCUGAGCUUGAUGGGUCUGAUGGUCUUCACCGCGCCGUACCUACCCUGGGUACUGAUGGGGUUCAGCCUCUUCAUGCACGGGCAGAUACCGAAAGAUGAGAUACUCGGGGUAUGUGUUGGACAUGUGUACUACUUCCUGGCAGACGUAUGGCCGGGCAUCUACCAAGGGUCACGACCGAUGGAUCCGCCGGCGUGGUGGAUACGGCUAUGGGACGGCCAACAGAGAGGAGCGGGCACUGGCGCUAGAGGCGUAGAGGGCGAUGUCCAAGCGGCGGUUGCUGCUGCGGGAGGCGGAGGAAUGAGACCUGGUUGA